CAUGUUGCCUGGAUUUAAUCCUCACUUACUUUCUGUGGCUCUUUGUAAGAUCUCUGAUCACUUUCAUUAAAGUUCUCACUGACUGUUGGAUCUCUUCAUAUUUUACAGUGAUGAUAUUUUCUGCUUCUGAGGAAGUGAAAAAGAACCUGACGGGCACUGUGGGAGGAAAUAUCACUCUACCUGACUCUGUGCAGGAGAAAGGAUAUCUGUCAUAUGGAAGAAUGACUAUUGCUGAUGUGAAAAGCGGGAUAUUUGACAUAUCAGAGGACAUUUACAAGAACAGACUUCAGUGGGACAGAAACUCUGGACUCUUUACACUCACAGAGCUGCAGAGGGACGACUCAGGGAUUUAUACUGUCGACUCUAAAACAGGAAAAGGUUUCACAUCAUCAUAUAAGCUCACAGUGUACGACUCUGUACCAACACCUAACGUGACAAAGCUGAACUCCAGCUCUGAGAGCUGCUCCUUACUGUGUUGGGUGGACAGAGAGACCACACUGCUGUGGUUUAAAGACGAGCAGAUGCUGAACCAGAGCAGCUCUGCGCUCUCUCUGCCUCUCACUGUGCACAAACAGGACUUCAACUCCUCUUACAGAUGUGUGGCUGCAAACCCUGCAGAGGAGAAAACUCUUCCUGUCCGUGUGAGAACCACCUGUGGAGACACAGACGACAACGACACCAACAGCUCGACUGAACCAAGAAACUAUAACAUCCUCAUUAUAAUCUUCUGUGUCCUGUCUGUUGUGAUGAUCAUACUUGCUGCUUUUAUCAUCAAGUCAAAGUAUCUUUCCCGAAACAAAACGAAGACAAACGGACAGGCACAAGGCAGGCUCCGCAGGCACACAGGAAGAGGUCCAAUAUAGUGAAAUACAAAUAAGCAACAACAGACAGGGAGAAAAUAUACCAGAGUCAUCAACAACGAUCUGCCACACCAGCCUGACCACAGUAUACGAUAAGCUGGAGGCCCAUCGCAUGAUCACGGACAACCAUGCUGAAAAUACCUGAGACCACGCGAGAAAUUCCCAACCGAGAGUUUCCAGAAAGAAAAUUUUCAGGUUAUUGUUUUUUGACUGAAUUAGUUGCUUUCGUUUUAUUUACAUUAUUUCAUUUAUUUUACGAACUGCAUGUGCCUCUGUGUCAGCCUGUUAGAUUUCUGUUAUUGAGUCUCACAUUUCAGUUGAAUUCACAGCAAAGCUUGUUUUCACUUCCUGCAGCUAAUAAAAAGUCUGUGCAUGAAGGAAUUUGGGAAAUGAGUCAAUGAUUUAAAAACAACUAACACACUCAGCUCAGGUACAGCUGAACUGGUUUCAUAGUUAAAGCUGUCGACUGAAUGCAGCGAAGCAGCCACGAUGUCCAAACAUCGGCUUUGUGUGAAAGAGCUCAACCGAGUUCCACUUUUGAGUUACACAAUUUUGUACCACAAGACGUGCAGCGAGUCAGUCUUGUUUUCUCCAUCCAGUGUUAAAAUGAUCUUCCUUGUUCAGCCCAGACUGUGCAGGCUGGUGGUGGCAUCUCACCCGGACUGUUGGCUGAUACUUUUGGUGAUUUAUGUUCAGACUGGUUCCAACAACAUUUCAUCCUUCAUGUGUUCUGUCUUGUUCUCCCACUCUUGGUUUUCUGUGUCUGUGUGUUUCCUUGGAAAUAUCAUAACCUCAUUUUGUAAAUAAACCUGUUCAAACCUUUC